AUGAUCACGCGAUUGCUUGCAGCCGACUUACGAGAUCUUCCAACAAUGAACACAAGGAUGGCAGUCAACGCGCUGCGUUAUCAGCUUGAACACCCACUCACAUCCCACGAUGACUCGGAGCUGUUCCCAGCCCAUUCUCAGCAGCCAACGCAAACCUUCUUGCAACGGCAACGUCCUCGACGUCCACUGCCUUCCAGAAAUGAUCAACCAGCUUCUCCACCUCGGUAUACCAUGAGCUCCCAAGGAGUAGAUGAUGCACUGACCCAAUUGAGCCACCAAGUCUCCAGCACGUGGGGAAAUCGUCCGUAUGCUGCUGAGCAAGGGGUUGAUAAAGCUCUGGACUCGCUCAUUACUACGGCCAAAAAGCUCACCCUGACGUACAACCCGCUCCACCAAGGCUCUGGUCAGAUAAGAAAAGCAUAA